AUGGCCGAGAAAAUUGCUGGCGACCCCGCCUUCCAGGGCCUCACCUCGCAGCUGCAAGAGAGCAUGGCCGGGCUCGUCGGCCCGGAGGGCGCGGCGGCGGGCGCGGGCGCGGGCGCGGGCGGCAUGCCGGGCAUCCCCGGCAUGCCCGGCAUGCCCGGCAUGCCCGACCCCAGCCAAUUUGACCCGUCAAAGUACAUGCAGGCUAUGAGCGGCAUGUUCAGCAACCCGGCAUUCAUGCAGAUGGCCGAGCAGCUCGGCCAGGCCAUUAUCUCGUCCGACCCCAAUAUGAGCAAGAUGAUGGCGGCCAUGCAGGACCCGGAGUACAAGAACAAGGUGGAGUCGGCCAUGAAGUCACUCAAGGACGACCCCGAGAUGGGCGGCAUCUUUGAGGAGCUGGAGAAGGCCGGCCCCGCGGCGAUGAUGAAGUACUGGAACGACCCCGCGGUGCUGUCGAAGCUUGGCGGCGCCAUGGGGGACGUCUUCGACUUCGAGGCGCUCAUGCCGGGCGGCGCGGGCGGUGGCGGCGGCGAGGAGGGGGAGGAGGGGGACGAGGCGGAGGGGGAGGAGGUGCCCAACCUGCACAGCGCGGCCAGCGAGGGUGAUGCUGCCAAGCUGAAGGAGCUGCUGGCUGAGGAGGGCGUCAACGUGGACGAGCAGGACGAGGAGGGCCGCACCGCCCUGCACUUUGCCGCGGGCUACGGCGAGCUGGACUGCGCCAAGCAGCUGAUCGAGAAGGCCGGCGGCGUCGCCGGCGGGUCACGUGCCGCUUCAGCGCCGCGCUUCACCGCGGGGCCGGCGCCGGCCGCGGGCCCCGGCGGCCGCACCGCUGCCUCCCCCUGCCUCAUUGCAUUUUCUGGGUGGGGUGCGUCUGUUGACCUGCUGGACAACAACAAGAACACGGCCCUGCACUACGCGGCCGGCUACGGCCAGGCCGAGAGCGUCAGGCUGCUGCUGGACAGCGGCGCUGACAAGGCGGCCAAGAACGAGGACGACAAGACGGCCCUCGAGGUGGCGCAGCUCAACGAGCACACAGAGGUCGUGGAGCUGCUGCAGUAG